UGCAGCCGGAGCGGGUUGUGGCCGGAGGGUGGAGACUCGGCAAGCGGAGAGGAGGGAGGCAGCGGGGAUCUCAGCUGGAGCAGAAACAGAGAGAGAGAGAGAGAGAGAGAGAGAGAGAGAGAGAACGGAGGAGAAGUGUGUGUGGAUGUACUCUGCUCGCCUCGCUCGCUAACUGAGUGUGUGGAUACUACUCCACAGCGCUGGAUGCGUGGGGGCUUCGCUAAGAAGAAGAAGAGAAAAAAACCCUAAAGAAAGACGGAGAACGUGGCAGACACAAGCCUCUGAUCGAGCGGGUGGCAGACAUCAGGGCAGGCAGCGCAAGGAGGAGCAAGCAGACAAGGCUGAGCAGACAGGAACUGAGCGGGAGCGCCCAUGGCGAGUAACAACACGGCCAGCAUUGCGCAGGCCAGGAAGCUGGUGGAGCAGCUGAAGAUGGAGGCCAACAUUGACAGGAUAAAGGUGUCCAAAGCAGCGGCAGACUUAAUGUCUUACUGCGAAGCUCAUGCCAAAGAGGACCCCCUGCUGUCACCGGUGCCGGCGUCAGAGAACCCGUUCAGGGAGAAGAAGUUCUUCUGCGCCAUCUUGUAAACCCAGCAUGGCCCCUCAGCUGCCUGCUGCCGGCGGGACUUUGAACACAGACGUUCAGAACCCGUAGAAAUCGUCUAGUAGGAGGGCAUCGCAUUCUCUUUGCCCUCUUAAACGCUUGGCAUUUAAAGAGAUCCAAUCAGCAGAGUAAACAUGUAACCAAUGAAGGGGGUGUUAUGGUUUUUUUUGUUUUGUUUGUUUGUUUGUUUGUUUGUUUGUUUGUUUUUGGAGGAUAAGCGGCAUGUAGGAGGGAUUUGUACUUUUAGAUGACUGAAAAGGGAAGAUGAUGGGGGUGAUAAUCACCCAGCGAUGUGACGGACAACCAAUCAACCGGCCGGGUUUUUAGGCUCUAAUGUGUAUAAAUUUCAAAAACAGAUAAAGUCAUGGCUGUGUUUUGUCGCUCUUUGGGUGGAGCACCACGGGGACAAGCAGCCAAAACUCUUGACGCCACGCGA